UCAAGAUUGUUGCAAUCUCUUCCUCUCUUGCUAUAACAAAUAAAAAAAAUCAAGAAUGUAAAGGGGAUGGAAUUUUUUUUUCUUUCAAAAUUGCACUUCAUCAAGAGAAAUUUCCAACACCCUUUUUAGAUCUGAUGUUUCUUGUUGCAUUUUUUCAGAUUAUCCUUUUUCUAACAGCAUCCAAUGCAGAAUUUUCAUCAAGGCUGCUUGAUUCAGUUCUUCAAGAUUAUGCUUUUAGGGCAUUUGUUAGGCCAAGAACUGGGAUUCCUUAUGAUGGGAAUGUGCCUUUUAAUUACACUGGAAUCAAAGUUUCUGCACUGAGGUUAAGAAGUGGGAGUAUGAGGAGAAGGGGUGUUAGUAGAUACAAAGAAUUUCAAAUCCCAAUUGGUGUUUUGGAGCAACCUUAUGUAGAGAGGCUUAUUUUGGUGUAUCACAAUUUAGCCAAUUGGUCUGAUUUGUAUUACCCUUUACCAGGUCAUAUUCAUUUAACACCAGUUUUGGGUAUUUUAACUUAUGAUGCUUCAAAUUUAUCUGCUACUAAUUUGCCUGAGUUGGAUAUCAGAGCUUCAAAGAAUCCCAUUUUGGUUAAUUUUUCUAGUGUAGUGAGGCCGGUGCCAAUGGGGUUGUCACCUAAGUGUGUCUGCUUCAACUUGGAUGGUGCAGUGGAGUUUGACAAUAUAUUGAAUGGGAAUGUGUGUAAGACGACGAAACAAGGACAUUUCUCUAUAGUGGUUGAGUUUACUACUGCUGCUGAGCCAGAACCUGAACCUGAACCCGAACCCGCCAGUGGAGGUGGCACAAAUGGUCAUAAAAGUGGUGGUAGGAAAAAUUGGGUGAUAUUUGGAUCAGUUGUUGGUGGAUUUGUGGCAUUGGUUUUCUUGGUUUUAUUGAUUGCUUGUUUGAACAAGUAUGAUAAGAAGAAAAAGAUUGACAGAAUGGAAGAAGCAGCUGAUAGAGGUGUACCAUUGCUUAUGACAAAAAUUGGGAAUACAAAGGCACCAAUAGCUUCAGAGACUCGUACAAGACCCUCGUUAGAGAAUGAAUAUCUCCCAUAGAUUUGAUUCUUUUUUU